AUCAAGAAUAUAUCCCAGGUGGUUCUCUUCAUAUGGGUAAAUAAAUAUUGAUUUUACGACUAGCAUGCGUGUGAUAUCAAUAUUGACAGACUCGCCAUUGGGUAUUCCUAUAUCGCUUGCACAAUGUUCUGUUAUGAUCGUACACUUGGUGUUUUUCUACCGGGUAACAAAUUGGAAACAUGGAUGCCUCCGGCUGCUUACAACAUGUAAUAGACGAAGCCGCAAGGUGUUCUGGCUUUCAAUCGCUUCUCGGAAUUCAUUAAUGACGGACGAUUUUAAAAACAGAACAACUUCAACAUCGAGUUCAGAUACUACGUAACACGUUUGGAAAAUGAUGAUUUUUCGUCAGGAAACGUUUAUAUUAUUACUCACGUUUGAAUUUUUCGCAAUACAAAGUGGCUUUUCGCAAGAAAUUACUGGAAAUUGUCCUUUUGAUGAGAACACACUCUGCAGUUGGUCAAACGACAAAGAUACCGACCACUUUGAUUGGAAGCUUAGGCGAGGGAGCGCGCCAAGCAGCAACACAGGACCGGCCAGCGAUCAUUCAGGUAAUGGCUCAUAUAUCUACAUUGAGACGUCACAUCCUCGUAAAUACAACGAGAAGGCCAGGCUCAACAGCCCUUGGAUGAGAGGCCCCAGACGCAUGACGUUUUACUACUCCAUGUACGGCAGCACUAUUGAGUCCCUGUCUGUGUAUGUUAGAAUCAGUGGCAGUGAAGAAAGGAUAUGGAGUCGCCAUGGAAACCGGUUAUCAAGCAACUGGACCGAGGGCUGUGUGGCUAUAAACUACAAUGGCACCUACCAGGUUGUAAUCGAGGGUGUGGCUGGCGUGACAUUUUCUUCUAACAUCGCCGUGGAUGACCUCGAUUUCAGCACGAACUUGACUUGUGUCUCUGUCGGCAAACCUACGCCACCUGAAACAUUUGAAGUGAACUGUACCUUUGAUGAGAGCUACUGUGGAUGGCGUAACUUGUUAACACCGUCCAAUGAACAAAUCAGCUGGAACCGUGAGAGGCCUGGAAACCAAAGCCAAGGAAUUGGACCGAGUCAGGAUCACACUGGUGGAGAAUAUAUUUACGUUGACGAAUCACAAUCUUCUCAAGUGAAUGAGUCUGCGCAGCUGUUGAGUCCGCUCAUCCGGGGACCAAAAUGUCUCGGUUUCUAUUACUACGUGUAUGGAGGCGGGAUUGGAAACCUUGAUGUGUUUCUUUGGCCUCGAGAAGAACAAAACAAUUACUUGAUUUGGCGAGGGUCAGGUGAACAUGGUGACGUCUGGCUGAGGGGUAGUGUCGAUGUUGGAUACACUGGCGAGUCUCAGGUUUCCUUCCAGGCAACAAUUGGUAGAAACUAUUCAGGGGGUAUAGCCGUAGAUGACGUCACAUUAACUAAUGGACUUUGUGAAGAUGAAAGUGAACCUCAGAACAAUCGACAAGGAAAUUGCAACUUUGACACCAACUUUUGCUUCUGGAGGAAUGACUUAUUGUCCAGUUUCACAUGGACGCAGCUAAGCGAUGAUACUCCAAGUUGGGAGACUGGACCAACUGCCGAUCAUACAUCAGGAACCGGUGGGUACGUUUAUAUUGAAACCUCUAGUCCACGACUGCCGGGAGAGACUGCGAGACUUGCGAGUCCAUGGAUACGGGGACCACAGUGCAUGACGUUCUAUUAUCACAUGUAUGGCGCCACCAUGGGCUGUGUUGUGAUAUAUAUAAAAAGCCAGGCUACAAACGGGUUAACACCAGUUUGGUUGAGGUCACAAGAUCAAGGAAACAACUGGAUACAAGGGCAAAUAAGCAUCAACGAGACUUCAAGCUAUCAAAUCAUUGUCGACGGAAUUAGAGGUAGAAGUUAUCAGGGAGAUGCAGCAUUGGACGACGUUUCCUUUGAAAGAGGAACUUGUCAACAAAAAGAAGAGACGACAUUCUACGUGUCCUCUUACAAAGGCAAAGACUUCCGUAUAUCCACUCAACCCUCCAAACAGAGUCUCUACUCCGAAGAAUUCCGUUUCACUCUCGAGCAUCCACGAGGAAAUCCGAAGGAGACAAUAUUCUUUAUCUACUCUGAAGCUUCCAGCGACCAUAGUUUUGUCUCGUCAAAGUUGGAUCCGUCUAACUAUAACAAGUAUCCAUUAGAUGUUGUUGUCCUAAAUACCGAGACAGCGGGUCGCAAUUCCAGGAGAGUUUAUCUGAUUGACAGGAGUAAUUAUGGGCCAAUGAUUAGCCUCGAUGAUCACGGAAAUGUAUCUUGUUGCAAGGGAAAACAAAACUUCUAUUUUUAUGCUCACAAUGUCACUGCUUUAGAUCAUCGAGCAAUUUCCGGAUGUGAGCCCAGUUGGUACAAAGCCGGCAAAUCGUGUUAUUUGUGGUCUUUGCCAUCAGCUGUGCACUGGAGCAACGCGCGAGCCACCUGUCACCGAUUGGAUGCCGACCUUGCUGUCGUCGGUGAUGGGGACUCCUUGCAAGCCCUAGCCAAGCUGCGUAGAGAAAUCAAGCUCGAGGACGAAGACCUGUUUGUUGGUUUAUCGGGCAACAAGUUACGCUGGCUCUGGUUAGACGGGGAAAAUGUCUCCAAUACAGAUGAUCUGUGGGGUCCGUACGAACCGAGUGGAGACGGCAGAUGUGGGUCUUUCUUGAAAGCCAGAUCGAAUUCAAACUGGGAUGGGUAUGGAUGGCGAUGGAAUGAUCUACCAUGUGCCACUAACAUUGGAUACAUCUGUGAACAACCUCUAGCUGUUCCUCUCCCUGUGGCUUUCUUUUCACUGAGUGGAACCAAUGGAACUGUGGACAGGAGUCCAAAUGGAACCACUAUGGCAGUGUCUGGUCACAUCAAAUUCGCACAAGGCCCUUAUGGAAAUCCAGAUGGUUCUUUCUUCUUUAGCGGCAUUAAUAGCAGCUACGUGGAACUGAAAAAUACCGGAGAACUAGAUGCUAGGUUUUCGAUGAGUGUGUUCGCAUGGGUCCAUCUUAACAACAGCGAUGGCCCGAUCUUCAAGUAUGGUUGUUCGAUGUGGGUUUUUAAGGCUACCCUGGGAGUUGAAGUGCAAUUUGUGGACAGGAAAACCUCCAAAGUUUAUCGGCUUCAUAAGGAGAACGUCCUCGUAGAAAACAAAUGGAAUUUCAUUGGAACCACAUACGACUACCACACGGGUAUUGCAACUGUGUGGGUCAACAACGACACUGUCAUGCUUAAAUCCAUCGGAACAAAGAUGGAACUGGCAACUCAGUCUGAUGUUAGAGUUGGAGCCUCGAGCAACCAAGAAAAGCAUUUUCGCGGCAGACUCUCGUGCUUGCAAUUCUAUGAUCAGGCGCUUUUGGUGGACCAAAUCAUUGAAGCUAAAGCAAGGUGUAAUCAGAGCACGCCUUUGGCGUGCAGUCCCAACUUUUUCCCUUUCCAUGGCGGUUGCUUCCUCGUAAAUAACAAAAAUUCACUAAACUGGCAGCAAGCUUUGGCACAGUGUAAGAGUGAAGGAGGGACCUUGGCCAAGAUACCUCGAGAAGGUUUGAGAUAUGCAUUCUCUAACAUGUUAGAAGGAAUGACACCAAGACCUAGCACUUUUCACUUUGGUCUGAUGUCUCGGAAUUUUUGGGUGUGGAUAGAUGGCAGCCUGUUCAAUGACUCUCUGUGGAUGCAGGGAUAUCCUACCCACAACGAUCCAACCCAUAGCUGUGCUGUUCUGUCGUUUGGAUCAUCGAAGCUGAAAAACGUUGACUGUAGAUUAAUGUUGAAACCUUUGUGCCAGAAGCCACCUGUAAGUUCAUUAUCACAGGAUAGUUCAACACAAAGUUCAAGUGUUCAGUCACCUUUUGAUCCCUUCCUGGCCAUUGAUAGAUCUUACACGACUUGCUUUCGUUCAAAGAAGGAGUGGAACCCUUGGUGGCAAGUCACCCUUGAAAAAACGCUCUAUGUUGAAUCUGUUGAAAUCACCGAUAACAUCGAUUGUUGUCCACGUGACAAUGGCAUGAUCAACGUCACUGUAUCUACCAGUCCAGCCGGUUUAGAUCCAACGUGUGCAGAAUCGAUGGAAUAUGGCGGGAAUACGCAGGACUAUAAAUUUGUCUGUUCUCCUCCAGCGCGCGGCCGCUACGUUACAGUGACGCUUACUGGGGAUAAUGUCACGCUAGUUCUCUGCCAAGUUGUCGUGAAAACAAUUGAGUUUUCUGGACAGGCUCGCGGCGUGUUGCGUGAAGCGUGGUAUAAACUCAAUGAUUUUGAGCCGAACAGAGCUACUAUGCGCGAACAUUCCGUUUUCAAGACUCCAACUGAGGGCCAGAUCAUUUUGCAGGAUUUCGAUGCACCGGUAGACGUAGCCGAAAGAUACGUUCAACGAUUAACAAGUUACCUACAGGUCCCUGAUAGUGGCAAUUACACAUUUUUCGUGUCAUGCGAUGAUCGGUGUGAGUUGUGGAAGUACGAUGUAGAUGAGCAUGGCAUUGAAAAGCCGAACAAGAAGGCUGAGGAGAGCUUAACCAAGCAACCAAUCAGUACAGUUUAUCAAGCGACUGGAUAUCUCGAGUGGAACAAGUAUCCAGACGACCAAAUGUCGGAACCAAUUUUUCUCGACAAAUGUCGCAUUUAUCAAAUGGAAGUUUUUAUGCACGAAGAUGGGGCCCGAGACCACGCAUCUGUGGGUAUGCGCAAACCAAGUGGAGAGUAUGAGCGGCCUAUUCCUGGAUCAAGACUGUUUUGGACUAAACCAGGAACACGCAGCUUGAUGGUGACACUGCAGAAUCACAAAACGCGUUUAUCUGUUGUCGUUGGUUCAAAGUUACAUAUUUCAGGUUUUUACCAGUUCUGCUGUGAGGGAGUAUAUUGCCCGGAUUGCCCGUUGGAACUGAACAUCUCCACCCUUGAGCAAAAUGUGACACUGAAUUUGGCGCUUAACUGUGUAAACACAUCAUUCACAACUACUUUUAAGACGGACAGACAACCUGGAAAUUUUACAGUUAAGGUCAUUUAUUCAUUUGUCAACAAUCCAGGUCAAAUUAUUGGCGAGAGAACGCUAGGUCAUGUCCAUCUUCGAGCUGCAAUAAUUGAAAAAUGCUCUUUUGAACUUGGAUACUGUGGUUGGACCAGCAUUGGUGACAAAGACCAAUGGAAGUUAUCUUCAAAUGAAACCUUCGUGAAAUAUCCAGGUAGUUUUGCUUACAUUGAUAACGCGUACAAAGCACGUUUGGAGAGCUCUUUGUUGCCAUGGAAACCAUUCCAUAAAUCCGUGGUCUUGUGUUUGCGGUUUCAUUACCUCAUGCCCACUAAAUCAAAGUCAAAUUUGAAGGUUUUCCUUAGAAAAACUAAGCGAGAAAUGUCAGUAUUAGUAUGGCAGACGGUUGGAUACCACGGUAAAGAAGGGUCAGUGGCUCAGGUAACUUGGCGAGGCGCUGAGGGAAUUCAGAUACUCUUUGAGGGAGAAGGUUUUCGUGAUGCCGGGUUGAAUGUCGCAAUCGAUAACAUCAUUGUAACGACUGAGAACUGCUCCUUGAGGCCUUACUUUGCUGAACCAGGUACACACGCUUUACUUCUUUGUCUCGUCGUUUGAUCAUUUUCUAAGCUGUCGUGACCAACGGAGGACAAUAUUAAAAUGUUCACUGAUCGAGUUCAAUUACGUUAGCUAUGAUUUUAAACUGUAUGUGGCUUGGUCAGAUGCAAUUAAGACAAAUAUA